AGCCGUUAGAUUAUUGGUCACCAUCCCGAACCCAACCCCGCCCCCCGCCGCCCCUCCCACCAUUUAUCCUUCCCGGAGAAAAUAAGCGCGCCAUGCCAAUGCCCGCUCCGCCCUCCUCCUCCGGCACCGUCGCGCCACAGCAGCAAUGCGUCCGCCUUCCUCCUCGUCCUCCUCCACGUCGUCGGGGGUGGCGGGAGGCGGCGGCCGGGUGUCCGCGUUCACGAUGCGCGCGGUGGCGCGCAUGUCGAGGGCGCGGUGGUUCAUCUUCCUGCGCCGGGUGUACCAGUACCAGAACGGGCCCAGGUCCGACCUGGGCUCCAACCCCUUCAACUCGCCCGGCUGGCUCGCGCUCGAGCUCGGCGUGAUCGUCGCGCAGAUGGUCCUGACCACCGCCGUCGUCGCCACCUCCCCCAGCGAGCGCCCCGCGUGGCCGCUCCGCCUGUGGGUGGCCGCGUACAACGUCGGCAACGUGCUCAGCCUCCCGCUCCUCUAUUGGCGCCACCGGCAUUCCUCCGCCGCCGCCGCCGGACGCGGCGACGCGCUGUCGGACGACCUCGAGAUGCGCGGCGCCGGCGAUGCUCUCAGGAGCAGCUCGUUCCUGAUGAACAAGGCGCGCGCGUUCCUGGAGCUCUUCUUCGCGAUGUGGUUCGUGAUGGGCAACGUGUGGGUGUUCGACGCGCGGUUGGGGUCGUUCCACCGCGCGCCGAGGCUGUAUGCGCUCUGCAUCGGCCUGCUCGCCUGGAACGCCGUCGUCUACUCGCUCCCCUUCCUCCUCUUCCUCCUGCUCUGCUGCUUCGUCCCCAUGGUCGGCUACGCGCUCGGCUACAACAUGAACUCGGCCUCCGUCGGCCGGGGCGCCUCCGACGAGCAGCUCGCCGCGCUGCCGCGGUGGCGGUUCAAGGAGCCGGACGUGCCGAGAGACCGGGACCACGACGACCAAGAGUGCUGCAUCUGCCUGGCGCAGUACCGGGAGAAGGAGGAGGUGCGGGAGCUGCCGUGCACGCACAUGUUCCACCUCAAGUGCGUGGACAGGUGGCUCAGGAUCAUCUCCUCUUGCCCUCUCUGCAAGCAAGAGCUCAAGUGAUCCAUCGAUGCCUACCCGACUCCUACAGCCGAUGUAUAUUCUCCCCUGACUGCACCCGCCGAUCAGGGCUUGCACCCUAAGACAGACAGGGGGGUUGGCCGCCGACGCGCCACCCGCAUGUACUGCGACCGCCGGCCGACGCGGCGAUGCGUGCGUCGUACCUCUCGCAGGGGGAUUUCGACGGACCUGUACUGACAUAGAUGCUGACAAGCGAUUGGGACACUUGCAGCAGGUAGCUGGGAAAAGGGCGAGAUAUACUUAGUAGUCUAGUGAAGGUGGAAAAUGCGUGAAGGGAAAUAGCUCUUUUUUGGGGUAAUUUGUUGUGCCUGCCCUUGCUUCGCUCAAAUGAAAGUACCAACUUUUCUUUGUUCUAACUUACAACUUUCUCUGUCCUAAAAUAAGUGCACUUCUACUUUUGUUCUAACACCAUUUUCUCAACAAG